AUGGAGCCGCGUCUCAAGGUAAGAUUUCUGCAAAAAUAUUGUCAAAAAAGCUCAGCUCGGAAAGCAAUAACUGGCGUUCUCCCCGUCACCGUAUUGAUCGGUCGGUCGAGUAUCCGAAAGCGGGCGGUUCUGUUCAGUUGGAGCUAUUUUAUCUUUGUCUCUCUAAGUCUGUGAUAUACGUUUAUGUGAACUGCUGAUUUGAAUGUGCUGUGAGACACUACUGCUCCGCCCGCAAUUUAUUCUGUGUCUUCACCUCAUCGUUUCAUGGGUUUGCUGAAUGCAAUGCUUAGUAUUCAGGCUGUACUUGGUGUCCAACAAGUAAGAAUAUAAAGAGAACUUGCUCCGUCUGUUUUGCUAUAAAAAAAUAAGCCAGACGGAAAACAACUUCCAGAUAAACAUCCGUGUGAAGUUUCAGAUCGAUGUCGGUGCAAGCAGUUCUUCGACAAAUGGGACGUCUUCCGCGCACACGGAAGCGCGAGAAAACCCGCCACAAACUAUGCCGCCGCCUUCUUCCGACUGGAACAAUCAGUUCAGUUCGCCAGAUGCAGUGAGUCCAAAGGCAAAUGGCAACAAGUGCUACAGUCCGUACUCACAGGAAGACAUGGGUCCGUUUGUGGAGCAGCUGUUACCCUACGUCAGAGCCAGUGCGUACAACUGGUUCCAUCUGCAGGUACGGAGAAAAAAGGAUUGUAUAGAGAUGAAAAGAGCGCGUUUUUCAGGCAGCAAAACGAAGAUAUUUCAAAGAAUUCGAUCGCAAAAUGAGUGCGAAAGACGAAAGCAGGAAGCUUGUCGAAUUGCAGGUGGGACUAAUGAGCAAGAGAAUGGUACCAUUACCGAAAGAGUAAUCAAUUUCAGAACGAUCGAGACGACAUGAAAGUGAAGUGGGCGUCGCGGCUGCUCGGAAAGAUAAAGAAGGACAUACAGCACGACCACAAAGACGCAUUCGUCUCCGCGGUAAACUCGGUUCAUUCAGAAACGAAAUAAAUGGUUUCCCAUUCCAGAUCAACGGACUUCGACCGGGAGAUUGUAUUCUGUCAGUGGCGGACCAGAAAGGGAAAAUGAGACGAAUCGAUUGCUUGCGACAAGCGGAUAAGGUCUGGAGACUCGAUUUAGUCACCAUUAUCUUGUUCAAAGUGAGAUUUUUGUCCGAAUUGUUAAAGUUAACAAAAGUGUUCAGGGCAUACCUCUGGAAAGCACAGACGGAGAGAGACUCGAGCGGAUUGAUUCGUGCUCGAUGCCCAACCUAUGUAUCAAUCCAUUUCACAUGUCGAUCGGAGUUCGCGCGCUUGACAUUUUCAUGGCAAAUUAUUUGAAAGACGUAGACACGAAAAUACUUUUAGCCUAUAACGGCGAUAGAGUAGAAGAAGGCGAACCGACUGUGGUUGUGAAGCAGGAGCCGAUAGAACAGCCCAUUGUGGCGCCUCAAGCGAUUCUCGGCACUAGUGACACUCAUAAUCGAGUGUGGGACACUCCGGUCACCCUCGAAUAUGACCCCAUGCAAGCCUGCCACACCUACUUCGGCGGUCGUGCCACUUACUUGCAACAGUCAGCAUCCACUGCCUACACGUACUUUGUUAACAAAGAUGCCGUCGACAACAACUUCUUCGACGAGAAAACACACGUUUUGCGUCUUCCUCCGCCUCCUGCACAGAGCUGCCUGACCACGAUCGUCGACUUUCCGGAAGCGAGCACAUCGGGGUCUCAGCCAUUGGAAAUAUCGGAUGAUUCGAACGACGAACCGUUGGAAAAGCGGAGCAGAGAUCUCUCGUCGCACGACUCACCUAAUUCCAGGUAAAAUAUUUUCAUCUUUACUGAAAAGUGUCGUAUGAAUAAGAAUCGGAUGAUAUCUAAUCUGAAACUGAGCAGCUUUUAAUUAGUACUAGUUUCAGCACAAACGAUGAAGUUCGUCGUAUCGUUGAGUCAGGAGAAAGCAUGAUCCGCGCACAACAUCGGAGUUCCAUAUGGACUCCGACAGGCAGCUACGCACGGAUGCAAAACAACAAUCAGAACGUCGGCGAAUCAGCGAGGCCUGUUCGAUUGGCAACCGAUUUUCAAAACGGCGGAAUUGAUAGACCUAUUUCGUUCCGUCCAGCAAAGCCAGUACGUCGAAUGACGGUGAAUGCCGGAAACCACGGAGACGUCGGAGUGGUGGUUGUCGAUGCACGUCAUCAGGAUGCGGCACAGCUAAAUGGUAAGCUGGCGGCCUACUUGAACAGUGCUAAUAACUCUCUGAAUUCAAACGAUUCAGCACAAAGCCUUGCUACUGCACUCAAUUCCCUCCGGACGUCGCCUGCCAUUCUGCGAGGAAGCCCGAUCGGCCGGAAGCGGGGACAUCCACACGCAGGCAGUCAGCUAGACUUGUUCAGUGCCCAGUACAUGACUGAAGCAUACAAAAGUAAGUAGUUGCCAAUUUGAAUGAACGAAACGAACCCUCAUUAUGAUCUAGGUAUAGCUGCCUCGUCAAGUAGCAAUGUGUCUCCGCCGCAUGCGGUCGUUGCCAAUCUGAGAGAAAGCAGCGGAUACACUUCCAGCCCGACCAAGUUCACGACUGCCAGAGGGGAUACAACUAGCUUCAGGUAACUGACAACUCUCCUAUCACAUUAUCCCAUUCUGCUUGCAGUAAAAUAUUUCAAAAAGUGGAAGAAAAGCACGGCCAACGGCAGAACCAGCAACAGCAACAACAGCCGAGUACGAGUUACUGCAGCACUCCGCUGCAGCAGUCUCCGUAUUUGAUAAACUCGAAACUGCCUGCUUCUGCUGUCAAGCUCAUAGCUCCGGUACCGAUCAAACCGCAGAUGGUAUCCAUCUCCGGAUGCAGUUCCAUCGUCGCCUCUCCCAUCACGACCCCUCGGAUCACUCCGUUCCGAAUGCUGGAAGAAGACUCGCAAUCGUUUGUGAAUGUGCUCGGACAGCUGACGAACAGCAGCGAUAGUAUUCGUAAGAAUACCGGGUCUAUUUCAUUAAACUUUGUUGUUUUCAGAAGACCAGUUUCUACAGUACAUCAACGAGUCGCAUUCUCGCUCUCCGCUGCUAUCCGGAAGUAAUGGGACCUUCUCCGCGCUCACAAUGGGAGCUGUGAACGGUUUGCCUCCGAUCACAUCCGCAAAUCGUCCGGAUAGCUCCGCGAGCAAGUAAGCAUUCCAGAAAUGUCUAAUUUGUUCUGAAAGUUUUUUUUAGCGGAUCGAAUUCUCUGACCGGAGCGAUGGGACUGAUUGCUCCGCCGACCAUCGCACUCGCUGUUUCACAAACUCCCACUGCCAUGUCUCCACUUCAUCCGGUAAGCUCCACGUCAUCAGCAUGGAUAAAUUACUGAUUCUCUCAGCGACUCAAUCUGCCUCCAUGCUCUCCGUCCUCUUCGAACUCAUCUCUCGGUGCCGCCAAUCAAGCUCCUAUCUCGAGCAUCGCGAAAGAUCCGAACGCUCCGAAGCUGCCGACUGACUUUGCGCAGGCGAUGAGCAACGAGAAGAAGUGA